AUGCCUUCGAUGAAAACUAUGAUAGUUGCGAUCGUUCUGCUAGCUGCGCUGGCGACGAUUGAGGCAGCGCCUUUCUUUGACGCAAUAUACGACGCGAUCAAUGGGAAUGGUAGGCGAUCUUAUGGGUACAGUGGGUAUGGAAAUAAUGGCUAUAAUUAUGGGUACAAUAAUGGUUACAAUAAUGGGUACAAUGGAUAUAGACACGCGGAACGGCCGAGGCAAGGGAAAACUUACAAAGAAAUUUGUAGAGUGCAUUUCCCGGAUGCAGUCGCUGUGCCCGGGGCGGGGAGGGGUAAUUUGCCCCUACUGAGGGUCAGAUCGCGUGUUCUACGCAAUGGAGAGGCUGCUUCGUCGGCGACAUAUCAUGAGAAUGGGUUGAUUUCAGCGAUAGUGGUCUUGUAA